AUGGCUAUUUUUGAUGUUCAGCAUCCAUUGAUUUUGAUAUUUGGCCUUUUAGGUAACAUUGUGUCCACCGGUGUUUACUUUGCUCCAAUGCCAACAUUUAUUCAAAUCCACAAGAAAAAAUCUACGAUGGGGUUCCGGUCAUUGCCUUAUGUGGUGGCACUGUUUAGUUCAUUGUUGUGGCUGUACUAUUCGAUCAUCAAAGAAGGGAACACGUUCCUUCUUAUCACUAUUAACGCCCUUGGUUCAUUCAUCGAAUUCAUCUACGUCAUCAUCUUUAUCGUAUACGCUACACCCAGUGGAAAGAGGCACACAUAUAAAAUUCUGGGUGGGACGAUGGCAUUGUGCCUUAUGAUUUCUCUCGGAUCAUUUUUCUUCUUGGAUGGAUCACGACGGGCUUUCGUUGUGGGUUGGUUUUGUGUUGCAGUUUCCAUAUCGGUUUUUGCAGCACCUCUUACUAUCGUGGUUCAAGUUGUGAAAACGAAAAGCAUCGAAUUCAUGCCAAUCACCUUGUCAUGCUUCCUCACGCUAAGCGCCAUGAUGUGGUUUGCUUAUGGAAUGGUCACCCGGGACCUAUGUGUUACGGUGCCAAAUGUGUUAGGAUUUUUUUUGGGACUGUUCCAAAUGGGGCUAUAUGGUUAUUACAAACGCAAAAGCAAGGUACAAAAUCUCCGAGACAUUAAGGUGCCGGAACACACAAUAAACAUAAGGAUAUUUAACUCGGAAGUAGUUCCCGUGGAUUCAAGCCGGAGCAGUGGCAGUAACGUUGAAGAGCUCAAAGAAAAGAAGACCGAGGAAGGUGGAGUCAAUGGUGGUGAUGGACUAGAGAUUGUGCAGCAAAAUGAAGGCUUGGCAAAGGUGGUGAUGGAUGAUGAACCUUGUGGGGUGGAAGUAGUGACUGUGAAGCCUAUAGUUAUUAUGUGUGCAGCUUGA